CGAACAAUUCGAGUAAUUCGAACAGUUCAAGCCGAGCACACAGCCCAAGGCAUAGACAAAUAAUAAUAUAUAUUUUGUAAUUUUAUUAUAUUUCAUAAAGCAUGAAUGACGACAGCAAUUUGCACUGGUGCUGUCGCCCGGAGGCCGAGGUGGUCGCCCAGAGCAAGCGGCUGGUGGAUCGCGUGUUCCGCCGCGUUAACAACAGCAACUUGCCACAGAUUGAGGAGGAGUCGCCGCCAGCGAACUUCUAUGACCAGGACAGCGGCGUCUACCACAGACGUUGCGCCUAUUGCGAUCGCGUAAUUGUUUAUUUGAAUGCAAAUUGUCAAAGUGUUGCCAGUCAGACGUGCAACAUGCAGCGCGACAUGCCAACGCAGACAGAGACUGAGCAGCCGCCCAAGGAGCCGGAGCCGCAACCAGCCCCAAGCAGUGGCAGCAACUGCGGCAACACAAAGUGCCGCCUAGUCAAGGCUCUGCUGCUGGUCAUAUCCGUGCUGCAUGGCGGCUAUGCGCUCUACAAAUUUCUGCCCAAUAUGUUGCCCUAUGUGCAGCAGGCUAAUCUGGCUCUGGCGCAAGGACUCAAUCUGCUGCCGCCACUGCAGCAAUCGCCGCCGCCGCCGCCGUCGCCGCCCGCCACACGUUCGCUCCCGAUGUUCCUCUGGGGAUUGCUAGUCAAGUGCACCGAGUUUUAGUCAGCUGCGCUGCUCUCUAAGCUUUAGUUGCUGCUAUUUAUACACUAGUUAAUUUUAUAUACAGCUGGCAAGAAGUAGAAGCCUCAUUGCAUUUACAUUUGCUCAAAUUUGUUAACAACAAUAACAAAAACAGACAGAAAAUCGCAAGUUUAGGCUUUAAUUGCAAUGCAAUUCUCGCACCAAGUUGGGUUAGCUGUUUAAGCUCGUUUUAUAUUUAUUAUAAAGCUAAAUGAUAAAUAAAUG